AUGGAUGCGCUGCCGCCACCGCCGUGGCCGGCGCACGCCCCCAAGAAGCGCAUGUUCGAGCGGGCGGGCGACCAAGAAUCACCACCGGGGAGCGGCAGCGUCGGCCUCGAUCUCAUCGGCGCCCUCCCCGACGCCGUCCUCUGCACCAUCAUCUCGCUGCUCCCCACCAAGGACGGCGCCCGCACGCAGGCCGUCGACCGCCAGUGGCGACCCCUGUGGCGCUCGGCGCCCCUCAACCUCGUCGCCGACCGUGACCUCUCCGGCAAUAAGCGUAAGCGCGUCGCCUACGCCCUUACCGACCUCCAGGAGCUCCACCUCGACUACGACGGCGAAGAGUACAUGAUAUUCCCGCUGCCGUUGUCCGCGCUCCGCUUCGCGCCGACGCUCGGCGUCGCCAGCUUCAGCUGCUGCAGUUUCCCCGACUUAUCCACGCAGUUUUUGAAUUUUCCGCACCUCAAGCAGCUCAGCAUGUACAUGGUCACCAUCUCGGACUUGUCUGCGCCGUCUCUGCAUUUUCCGCUGCUCAAGCAGCUCACCAUGCGUGGAGUCACCAUCUCGGGGGAGGCUCUCCACAGCAUGCUCUCUCGCUGCCUUUCAUUGGAAAGCCUUUUACUGGAUUUUAACAUUGGCAUUGCUCGCAUAUGCAUCAGCUCUCCCACUCUCAGGAGCAUCAGCUUCCCAGGGACUUUCUUUUUCAAAGAGCUGGUCAUCGAGGACACCCCUUGCCUUGAGAGGCUGCUGCCACCCACGCCAGACCAUUGUAUGGGGACUGUCCGGGUAAUCCGAGCACCUAAGCUGCAGGUAUUUGGUUUGGUGUCAAAGGGCAUAUCCAAACUCCACAUUGGAACCACGGUUUUUCAGGAAAUGAUUGCCAUCAGCGUGACAACCACAAUGCGCACCGUGAAGGUUUUGGUUAUCGAAUCUGUUGGCCCUAAUCUUGAUGCGGUAAUUGGCUUCCUCAAGUGCUUCCCUUGCUUGGAGAGGCUGUAUGUCAUUUCGCGCCAAUGCAAUGAGAUGAAAAAUGUGCUAAAAUAUGACCCACUGGAUCCAAUUGAAUGCCUCGAACUCCAUCUCAAAAGAGUGGCGCUGGAGAACUACUUUGGCAACAUGGCAGAUGUUGACUUCGCCAAAUUUUUCGUUUUGAAUGCGGAAGUGCUAGAACAAAUGAACUUCGCAGUACCUACUUACCACCGCAACGACAAAUGGAACUCACAUCAACACAAGCUGUUACAAGUGGACAACAGAGCUUCUUCGGAUGCUCGAUUUGAAUUCACAAGUGGUUAUGGGUAUAAUGGCAUCGAUGACAAGCAUACCCAUGAUUUAUCAAUGGCCGAUCCCUUUGAGAGAACCUUGCUUUGA